CUCCACAUCUAGUAAGUGCUUACUGGGGAGGGCUCCAACUGCCUGUGGAGGAAACAGCAAAGUGGGACAGGACCAAACGCUUUGAUUCUACCUCUUCCCCUGUGACCCCAAACAGCUAGCCUUGUCCAAUAAGCACACUGGCAAAUCUCAAAAAAAAAAAAGUUGGGCGGAGCUCAGGACCACGGAUUUUUCUCCCGACUUUACAGGGAAAGGGCCCUUGAUUGAGAGGACUCAGAGUCCAUUUGAAAAAUCAGCACAUGUAUGUCUCGAUGGAGACACAGUGGAAAAAGUUCCUAGUCCCCUUGGCUUUUCUGGGAGCCAUGGUCAUCAUACUGUCAACCCUCCUGGGGGUUUACGCGUACAGAGCCAACUCAGAAGCCUGUCAGCAGGGCUUGGUGCUCCACAACGAAAGCCAGCAACUAAAGAAGAAGCUGAGGCAGAGCCAGGAAAGCUUCCUGGAGAUGGAGGCCCAAUGGUGGAGCUGCGGCAAUAUUUCGAGAAACUUGAACAAUAACUUGGAGGAGAUGACAUCCCAGAGAGAAUUGCUGCUCAGUCAGUUACAGAAGCUGAAGGAAGAGAACCAGAAUUUGGCUGAGAAACUUAGGAAUGCUGAGGCAGCCCUUCAGAUGCAGAGAGAAAAAAAGAACCCAGCAGAGACAAGUUCAGCACUCCCUGGCCCUCAGAUCUACUCUUUACUUCUGAGUCUAGGUCUGGCCAUUGCCUUGAUUCCCUGAGCAUCCUGAGCAAGGCACUUCCUACCCUUUCGGAGACUUCUAUGCUCUGGUUCCUGGUGUUAUUUCCUGAAGCUUAAGGACAAGCAGUGAGGCUGAUCCGGGGCAGGAAUUCUGGGUGGUCUUGUGACACUCAACGCUGGACUGUUUGCUCUCACCACCUGAUUCUAAAUGCCCAGGGUGUGGAGUGCUAGGUUGAGAGGAGAGAAGCAGGAGUGGGGAAGCUAUCCGGAGGAGGAGGAGGAGAAGAGGAGAUGGGCUCUGAGGGAGGAUGGGGGAAGGAGCAGGCACUGGGGUGUCCUUGGCAGAAGGAGAUAAGGGGAUGGUCUAGGAGUUGGGAUCUUUAAAAUAAAAGAUGACUAUAGUUUA